AUGCCAGCAGUUUUUGCACAAACUAAUUAUUGUCGAGCUAAUCUGUGUACAAAUGGCAGAAAACAUAUUGCAUGUGGAAAUAAAGGAAAAUUUUCCUCAGUUUGUAAAAAUCCCAAAAUGAUAAAUAUAACACCAGCUUUACGUGACCAAAUCGUCAACAGACACAAUACUCUACGUAAUAAAAUUGCUGCUGGUUUCGGUAAAUUCCCAAAAGCUGAACGUAUGGCUACCAUGGUUUGGAGUAACGAAUUAGCCAAACUGGCGGAGUACAAUGUCAAACAAUGUAAAAUGCAACAUGAUCAAUGUCGCAAUACUAACGAUUUUUCACAUGCUGGACAAAAUAUAGCCAUGACGACGUGGAGUGGUAAAGAUAUGUCAAUCGGUCAAGUUAUCAAUACUCAUAUACAGAAUUGGUUUAAUGAAUAUAAACAUUGUCCCUUAAGUGUUAUAAAAAAUUACUCUAGUCCUACAUCGGGCAAAGCCUAUGGUCAUUUCACUGCCAUGGUUCAAGAUAAAUCUACACAUAUUGGUUGUGCGAUCAUAAGAAGCAAAAAGAACAGUUCCACCCAACAGAUUAUGACAUGUAAUUAUGCUUAUACUAAUAUGAAAAAUACUCCCGUAUAUCGCGGCGGUCCCAGUGCCUCAAAGUGUAAAACUGGCAAAGAUAAAAAGUUUAAUUCUUUAUGUUCCACUAAGGAAAAAUAUAAUUUAAAAUAA